AUGACAACGUUUGUGGAGGUAGACCACACAGUGCAGCUGAUUUGUCUAGAAGCUGCUGUUGUGUUGAAACACCAAUGGGAAGAUUCUUGCGACAUCCGAAUCGUCUGCUUUGCGCAAGAUCCUAUAUUCUGCAGCGAAUAUGGAGAACAGAACAUGAUCUAUCUGGAAACUGCUCUUGACACGUAUUCGCAAAUCGGUGUUAUCGGGACAACCCCAUGCGUCGAAUCCAGUGCCGAAGCUGCAAAGCAAAAUAUCGAAUGGGCAAUUGAUCGUGCCUUGCAGCUCAACAAGCACGUCGACUUCCAUCUCGAUUACAGCCUUGAUUCAAACAAAGAAACUCUAGUUUGGCAUGUCUUACACACCCUCAAACAACGAAGAUGGACUGCCCGCUCAACAGACAAGCGUGUUAUGCUUGAUCAUUGUACGCGACUGACCCUACUCACUGAGAAUGAAUGGGCCCAACUGGCAACCGAAAUCCACGAGAAUGAACUUUCAGUCAGCUUCGUGGAUCUCCCAACAAGCGAUAUGUACAUGGCGUCCCCUCCUGGAACGAGCGGGGACUGCCAACCACCACAAAAUCGCCCGAGAGGCACUCUACAAGUCCUAGAGAUGAUCCGGAAACACAACUUGGAUGCAGUGAUUGGGGUGAACAAUGUUGGCAAUCCGUUUACCCCAUGGGGCUUGCCCGAUCCGUUCUCAUUAGCUUGA